AUGGAUUACGUCUUGAUCUCCGUCCCCACCAAGGCGUUCAACCGCCAGGUCGGCACGCUCAGUGAGCUCAUUGCUCUCUCUGAUGAUCUCGCCAAGCAUGACCAGUUUGUCAUGAGCGUGACGGUCAAGCUGGCCAACAUCCUGAAGGAUUUGGCCGCUACCCCGGCGGAUGCGGAACGCACGAUGCAGGUCGAUGGUCGCUCCCUGCCCGAGGCCACCGAGCAUUUUAGCUGGGACAUGGCGCGCUACAACGUCAAGCAGCUCCCCCGCGAGCUGGCGCAGCAGAUCAUCCAGGACACUCAAGAUGUUGAGGUCAAGCUUAAGACCAAGUCCCAGGGCUUUAACAAGAUCAAGGGCAACUUGCAGGCCAUUGAGCGCAAAUCAAAUGGAAGCUUGCUGAUCAAGAGCCUGGCCAACGUGGUCAAGCCCGAGCAUGUCGUUCGGGACUCGGAGUUCUUGGUCACGCUGCUCGUCGUAGUGCCCAAGCUGGUGGCUGAGGAUGCAGAGUAUGGACUGUACACGGUGACGGUCUUCCGCAAGAUUGUGGAGGACUUUAAGCAGAACGCACGCGAAAAGAAGUUUGUUGUCCGUGACUUUGAGUUUGAUGCUGAGGAAAUCGCCAAGGAUGAGCAUGAGCUCAACGAGCUGCGCACCAACAUGGUCAAGCAACAAGCGCUGCGCGUGUUUGUGGAGAGCGUCCUUCGCUUCGGCUUGCCCCCGGACUUUACAGCCACUUUGCUCAAGAUCAACAAUGGCAACACCCGCAAGGUCCGACAGAUCCUCGGAGAGGAGUAUGCAGCCCUUGACCGGGCCAAUGCUGCGGGAGCGGAUGUGGUAGAUAUCCCCGGCGUCACCAACCAGGGUGAAUAUUAUCCCUAUGUCAGCUUUGACGUGGAGCUGGCACACUUUGUCGACAAGAGGUAA